UUCCUAUGGGUCUACGAGCCAUAAUAUUGGCCACACUCGUGGUCACAGUAUACGGACAAUGCCCAGCUCUAUCAGGAGCAUGUAGGUGUGCUCCAUCAGUAUAUGAACCAGUGGCCAUUAUUUGUCAGAAUGCAGGAAGUUUGCAAAAUGCCAUCCAAGCAAUUCAGGCAGCCAGGGACAUACCGAUUGAUUCUCUCACUAUUCUUGAUACUGCAAUCCCGACAAUACCUGCGAAUGCCUUCCAAAGUUUCACAAUCCUUCGUCUUGUUCUCAACAGAAACACUCUUCAAAACAUUGACGAUCAGGCGUUCAAUGGUCCACUUCUUGACUCAUUGAUUGAGCUUGACCUGAAUGACAACAAUCUUGGACAGAUUCCACAGACAGGUAUUCCUCGUCUCCGAAAUCUUCGCAAAUUGUACCUCAAUCGCAACCGUAUCAAUCAACUCUCUUCUACCGCUUUUAACGCAUUUGAGUCGAGAGAUUUGUUACUGAAAUUGGAAUUGGCUGGAAAUAGACUCACAGAUGCUACUCUCGGAGAUGCCACUGUUUUCAGACCUUUGACUCUUCUUCAGGAACUAUCGCUCGAGACCAACUCCUUAACCUCGAUUCCAUCGUCAGCUCUUGUCAACCAACGCAACACGCUUACCAACUUGAAUCUCGGACUCAACUCAAUCAAUGAGGUUCCAGUCGGAGCUCUUGAUUUCCCUGUUCUCUCGUCUCUUUCACUAGAAUUUAAUGGAAUCACUGUCAUUCCACCGCAGGCUUUCCAAGGAGUUCCGAAUCUUCAGUUCUUGUACAUGACAGGAAACAAAUUCCCAUCCUGGGCUCCAGAAAUGUUCCGAUACAUCACUCAGUUAAAGACUCUUGGUAUCGGAGAAACUCCAAUCUCGGUCAUUCCUAACAAUGCAUUCAUGCACAUUCCAAACCUGAUUCGUCUUGAAAUGUCUGAAGCUGCAGUUGACACAAUUGAGAGAGGAGCAUUCCAAAGAACUCCACAGAUUCAAGCUAUUGUACUCAACAAGAACAGACUAUCCCAAGUUCGAGCAGACUUUUUCGAAGGCCUCAACGACCUCUAUUCGAUCGAUUUGCAAGGAAACCGAAUUGACAAUGUUCAACCACUUGGAUUCGCAAACUUGCCAGCAAUCUCUCAUUUGGAUAUCAGUUACAACCUUCUGCAAACGAUGCCGUCCAAUGUGUUCCAAAACUCUUUCCUCCCACAACCAAACGAUAGAAGAGUCAUCUAUGCUUGUGGUAACCCAUGGUACUGUAACAGCGAAUUGGAAUGGUUCCGAACCUUGCUCCGCGAUAACCUGGAUAUUGAUGUCGAAAAGCCAGGAUGUACCGCUGUAUGCACAUCAUCACCAAAUGGAUGUCCAGUUGAAGGAACACCACUCAGAUCCGUCGAUUUCUGUCAAAACAACGAAGAAGCACAACCUCUUGUGGGAAGAGCACUCUCAAUGGUUGGAUGGAUUAUUCUAGCGGUUAUUAUGACAAUCUUGCUCAUUUCAAUCUGUCUUUUGGCAAUGGUUCGUUAUGGAAUGAGUCAUCAGAGAAAGAAGCAGAAGGACGCCGAAGUUGCUGCUGAAGAGUACCAUCAUCAGACUACUGCCACAUCUAUCUACAACGCACCAAUCUCUGUAGUGGACAGGCCUUAUUCCACAGUUCCACCAGUGAACUUGGAUCUUCCAGCAGCUUACACUCUCGACGACAGGCCGAACAAUUAUUUGUAUUAAACAAAAUGCUUGCAGCUUAUUCAUUAUUCUCUCUGCCCUUUCUUGUCUCCGUCGGUUGUCCACGGGCCUCCACAGACACUUUGCUCCGCUGUCCCUUUUUUUAAAAAACUGUGCUCCACCAUUGUCUGUAUAUUUUCAAAAAAAUUCUGUUGUUUGUACAUGUGAAUUCUCGAAGAGUUAUUGAGUGCUCUAUUUCCCAAAUCAUCCCGCUGAUUUUUAUAACAUUAUAUCAAUUCAUUAUUCCAUAUUUUAUUUUAUAUUAUGUAUUCUAUAAAAGUGCCUUCUUCUGAUACUGUUGCUUUGAACUGAAAUCUUCAACAAAAAACUUUCUGAGUUUUUAUUGAAUAGGCUAAUAAAUCUUUCUAAUUUCUUGAAAA